CGGCGGGCGCAGCGGCUCCUCCGCUAUGGCCGCCCUGGCGGCCCUUUCAAACCCGGGAGCCGGCGGCAGGGGGCAGUCCUGACUGACUUUGUACAGGAAAAGUCCUCGGAAAUCUACUGUGCCAGCUUUUCUGAGCAAAACUUUAUGGGAGCUCUCCAGCACUUCAACCUCAAGACGAUUCCAAGUUGUGAUAAUGACACGUCUGUUGUAAGGAGCAAAGGAAAACAGAAGCAGAGUGGCUGGGUGAAGUUGCAGGUGUCUCUGAGCUGACAGUGGAGAAGAAGAAAGGUCACUGGGAAAGCUUAUAAGAUGUCAUCUCUACCAAGAAGGGUGAAAUCUGAAGCCAAACCCUUUAGAUCAGAAGAUGAUGAAUUAUCUUCAUUUCUUAAUUUGAGCUCUGAAUCAGAGGAGGAGGAGGAGGAGGAAUGGGAGCCAAAAAGCAAAAUUGCCAAGAGGCCUCGAUUGCCAAAGAAAAACGAGCCGAAACCUAAAAAAGCUGCUGUUCCACGGUCAACUGUGGCCAGGAAAAGGGUCAAGAAGAUAGCAAUAAAAGAGGAAUUGGAUGUAUCCUUGCCUAUUGCUUCUGCAGAGGGUAGUGAAGAUGGAGUGCAUCUUUUGAAACCUAAGGAAGAAGAUGUAGGCACCAAUCUGAAAAUUUUAAAUAAAAAGCCAGAAGUGCCUAAAAAAAUGCAAUUACAUUCAUUCCAGGGGAGGAACUUAAACAGCUCAGAAAGUGAUGAAAAACCCUCAACAAGUGUUCCUGUAGUGGAAAAGCAAGUGAAACAUGAGCAAACUGAGGAAGAUUUUACAUUUGAUGAACCACCUUUUAAAAGGAUUAAGUCAACUACAUGUCUUGAAGGAAAGCCAGUAAAACAUGCAGGAGGCAACAAAGUAAAGGAAGAAUUUGAAAUGAACUGGGACAUUGUGCAGGCCUUGUCAGAAAGAACAAAUGUUGAACCAUGGGUAUGUGCGAACUUAAUUCGCCUCUUUCAAGAAGAGAACACAAUUCCCUUUAUUGCUCGGUAUCGAAAAGAGCUCAUCAAUAAUCUGGAGGCUGAUGCCUUGCGAGAAAUACAGCAAACACUGGAAGAGCUACGUACUGUUGCAAAGAAGACGCAUGUGAUGAUGCAAAAGCUGAAGAAAGAAGGGAAACUAUCAGGAGGCCUGUCAACAGCAUUAUUAAAUUGCAGAACUUUGGAAGAAUUAGACCAUGUGUCUGCACCUUAUAAAACUGGAAGUAAAGGCACCAAAGCCCAGAGAGCAAAGCAGCUGGGAUUGGAACCUGCUGCUCUUGCUCUCCUGCAGAAUCCUAUGGAACUCAAUCUCUUUUCUUACAUUAGACCCAAUAUCAAAGGACUUUCAACCAUCCAGGAAGUAGAGGCUGGAGUACAGCAUAUUUUAGCUGACAUGUUUGCGAAAGAUAAGGAUACACUGGAUUUUGUGAGGAAAUUAUGUCAGCAAAGAUGCAUUUGUAUCCAGUCAGCCUUGGCAAAGGCAUCAUCCAAAAAUAUUAAUGAGAAAGAUAUUGAUAAAUUUCAACUAUACCAUGAGUUUUCUUGCAAUAUAAAGAACAUUCAGCAUCAUCAGAUUCUGGCCAUUAACCGAGGGGAAAAUCUGAAGAUCCUGACAGUGAAGGUCAGCAUUCCUGACGGGGUGAAGAAUGAAUUCCGUUGGUGGUGUGUCAAUGAAAGAUGGAGACCAAAACACUUUGUAAAACCAGAGUUAAUGAGGAUACUACAGAAUUCAGUAGAGGAUGCAUAUAAGCGCCUUGUAUAUCCUCUCCUCUGUAGAGAAUUCAGAUCAAAGUUAACAUCUGAUGCAGAGAAAGAGUCUGUGAUGAUGUUUGGAAGAAAUCUUCGGCAGUUGCUUCUGACCAGCCCUGUUAGGGGUCGUACUUUGAUGGGAGUAGAUCCUGGCUACAAACAUGGCUGCAAGUUGGCUAUUAUUUCACCAACCAGUCAAAUACUACAUACUGAUGUCGUCUACUUGCACUCUGGUCAAGGAUUUCGUGAAGCUGAGAAGAUAAAGAGGCAUCUUCUACAAUACAACUGUAGCACUAUUGUGAUUGGCAAUGGUACGGCCUGCAGAGAAACAGAAGCUUACUUUGCUGACCUCAUUAUGAAGAAAUAUUUUGCGCCGUUGGACGUCGUUUACUGCAUUGUCAGUGAAGCAGGAGCGUCUAUCUACAGUGUUAGUCCAGAAGCAUCUAAGGAAAUGCCGGAUCUAGACCCUAACCUAAGAAGUGCAGUUUCCAUCGCUAGACGCGUACAAGACCCAUUAGCUGAACUAGUGAAAAUUGAGCCCAAACACAUAGGAGUUGGAAUGUACCAGCAUGAUGUGUCACAGACUUUGCUCAAAGCAACUCUGGACAGUGUGGUUGAAGAGUGUGUCAGCUUUGUGGGAGUUGAUAUUAACAUCUGCUCAGAAAUACUAUUAAGGCAUAUUGCAGGUUUGAAUGCUAACAGGGCUAAAAAUAUCAUUGAAUGGCGAGAGAAGAAUGGACCAUUUAUAAAUCGAGAACAGCUCAAGGAAGUUAAAGGUCUGGGUCCUAAAUCCUUCCAACAGUGUGCUGGCUUCAUCAGAUUCAAUCAAGAAUAUAUAAAGACCUUCUGCAGUAGUAAGAAAAUUGAACUUGAAAGUCAUGCACUUUUGAAUAAAGCAGGUGCACAAGUCGCCAAGGAGAACCAGGGUAAAAAGAGGAGCAAGCUGACAUCAGGUGCCUCACAACAGCCCAAUCCUUUGGACCAAACUUGUAUUCAUCCAGAGUCCUACAGCAUUGCAAUGAGGUUUUUAUCUUUCAUUGGAGGAAACCCAAAUGACAUAGGAAAGCCAGAUAUGCAGCAAAAAGUAAAUGCAGUAAUUCAAAAGGAAGGACUGGAAGGAGUAGCAAAAAGGCUAAACACAACAGUGCACACAUUGCAGCUAAUCGUCGAUGGUCUGACUCAGCCUGAAGGCUUUGACAUCAGAACAGAUUUUGAUAAACCUGACUUCAAGAGAAGCAUAGUCUGUCUUGAAGACCUAAGUGUUGGUACUGUUCUGACUGGAAAAGUUGAAAAUGCAACACCAUUUGGAGUUUUUGUUGAUAUUGGUGUGGGAAAAGCCGGUUUGAUUCCAGUGCGAAACAUAACAGAAGCGAAACUUUCUAAAGUGAAGAAGAGAAGAAGUCUUGGGUUAGGUCCUGGAGAAAGAGUAGAAGUUAAAGUCCUUAAUGUUGAUAUUCCUCGAUUAAGGAUAACGUUGGAUCUUAUUCGUGUUUUAUGAGAGGAUUUUUUUUUUUUAUGGUUGAGUCUUGCUUCAUUUUAAAUGUCAGGUAUUGUCAGCAAGAUUCUAAAACUUCAGGCAUUUAAUGAGAAUGUUGAAAAUGAAUAGAUUUUGAAACCUUCAAUCUCUCUCUCUCUUUUUUUUUUUUUUUUUUAAUCUAACAGUUUUUCCACAUUUCUUGAAUCCUUUCUGUUAAUAAUUGCUGGAACAAUUUAUUGGAUUACCUCCAAGCAACCUUCUUAUUUUGUCUACAGAGUAAAUGAAAUUCCAGUGGGCUGUCAGACAGAUCUCUUAUCUAUUCUGUCUGUUCAAGAUUUGCUCUGUCGAGCAGUCUUUGGCCAGUACUGCUCCAGCAGACACAUCCAUUGCGCCCGCAAAAAAGCAGUCAUUCAGCGUGCCUGUUUUCUGGAAGAGAAUUUAAAGAGGGUAUCUAGUUGUAGAAAAAAUAAUCUUUUUAAGUUUAGUUGGUGACAUCUUUUCAAAAGUAGACUGAAAAAAGAGCAUCUGCUAGUACUAUUGACUGUUCAGAAAUAUUCUGCUAUAAUUUAUUUGAACUACAUUAUUAGGAGUUCUGUUUUCCCAUUUUAUCAUUGCUUGAUCAGUUAUCGUUCUUUAACUCACUUGGAUAUACCUUGGGGUUUAAGAAACUUUACUCAAAGGUGUCAAAAAACAUUUAUGUUGUUCUAUACUUGUACAUAAUAAAAACAUUUC